GCGAAGUCCUCGCAGAGUGGGGGGAGGCCAGAGGAAGUGCCUGGGCCUGAGCUGGCACUGUGCCUGACACAAGGCCUUGUGCAUCCCCCCAGUCCUCAGCUUUGCCUUCUGAGUCAAUCCUUGAGAGGCAGGGACCCUUCUCUUCUUCCAACUCUUCUCUUCUCUGACCCUUGGUGACCUGGGGGCCCCUGGGAACUUAGAAGAACCAGUGUCUGAGCCCAGGGGUGGAACCCACACAGUGGUGGUAGAGUUCUUCUCAGUUGCUGGGAAUUGGGUUUGUUUUCCUUGUAUCCACAUAGGGGGUGGCUCUGCCCUCCUGUCACUUUCCCUGGUGGCUGCAUCCUCACCGGCCCCUGUAACCCCGACAAUUUGUUUACAGAAAGUUCAGGAGCCCUGGAAAGGACAAGGAAUAAGACGACAGGAGGAAGAGAGAGAGAGGGUAGAAUGGAAGAAUCUCACUUCAAUUCUAACCCAUACUUCUGGCCUUCAAUCCCCACGGUCUCAGGACAGAUUGAGAACACGAUGUUUAUCAACAAGAUGAAGGAUCAGCUGCUGCCAGAGAAGGGCUGUGGGCUGGCUCCGCCCCACUACCCCACCUUGCUGACAGUGCCUGCCUCAGUGUCCCUGCCCUCGGGCAUCAGCAUGGACACAGAGUCCAAGUCAGACCAGCUGACCCCACACAGCCAGGCGUCAGUCACCCAGAACAUCACGGUGGUCCCCGUGCCGUCAACAGGACUGAUGACCGCCGGAGUCUCCUGUUCUCAGAGGUGGAGAAGAGAAGGGAGUCAAUCAAGGGGUCCUGGCCUGGUUAUCACGUCCCCCUCAGGCUCCCUCGUGACCACAGCCACGUCAGCUCAGACCUUCCCCAUCUCGGCUCCCAUGAUUGUCUCAGCUCUUCCCCCUGGCUCACAAGCCCUGCAGGUGGUCCCUGACCUCUCUAAGAAGGUAGCCUCGACCCUCACCGAGGAAGGCGGUGGCGGCGGCGGCGGCGGUGGCGGCGGCACUGUGGUGGCCACUAAGCCCCCCCGGGGCCGAAAGAAGAAGCGGAUGCUGGAGUCGGGGCUGCCCGAGAUGAAUGACCCUUAUGUCCUCUCCCCUGAGGACGACGAUGACCAUCAGAAAGACGGCAAGACCUACAGGAGCGAAGGGAACUGCGGCACAGGAAAUGGACAGAGCCUUGGGCUCAUGGAUUCAGUUCCCGGCUCCACCACGAACUUGCUGUGUGACCCUGGGUGCCGGAUGUGCUCCCUGACCUUCUACUCGAAGUCGGAGAUGCAGAUCCACUCCAAGUCCCACACCGAGACCAAGCCCCACAAGUGCCCACACUGCUCCAAGACCUUCGCCAACAGCUCCUACCUGGCCCAGCACAUCCGUAUCCACUCAGGGGCCAAGCCCUACAGUUGUAACUUCUGUGAGAAAUCCUUCCGCCAGCUCUCUCAUCUCCAGCAGCACACCCGGAUCCACUCCAAGGUGCACACGGAGAUCAUCAAGCCCCACAAGUGCCCGCACUGCUCCAAGACCUUCGCCAACACCUCCUACCUGGCCCAGCACCUCCGUAUCCACUCGGGGGCCAAGCCCUACAACUGUUCCUACUGCCAGAAGGCCUUCCGCCAGCUCUCCCACCUCCAGCAGCACACACGAAUCCACACCGGGGACCGGCCGUACAAAUGUGCACACCCAGGCUGCGAGAAAGCCUUCACACAGCUCUCCAACCUGCAGUCCCACAGGCGGCAGCACAACAAAGAUAAACCUUUCAAGUGCCACAAUUGUCACCGGGCGUACACAGACGCGACCUCGCUGGAGGUGCACCUGUCCACGCACACAGUGAAGCAUGCCAAGGUGUACACCUGCACCAUCUGUAGCCGGGCGUACACGUCGGAAACGUACCUGAUGAAACACAUGCGCAAACACAACCCUCCUGAUCUCCAGCAGCAGGUGCAGGCAGCAGCGGCAGCAGCAGCAGUGGCCCAGGCCCAGGCCCAGGCCCAAGCUCAAGCUCAAGCCCAAGCCCAGGCCCAGGCCCAGGCCCAGGCCCAGGCCCAAGCCCAAGCCCAGGCCUCUCAGGCUUCGCAGCAGCCACAGCAACAGCAGCCACAGCCACCACACUUCCAGUCCCCUGGGGCAGCCCCCCAGGGUGGGGGUGGUGGGGACAGCAACCCGAACCCUCCACCCCAGUGUUCCUUUGACCUGACCCCCUAUAAGACGGCGGAUCAUCACAAGGACAUCUGCCUCACCGUCACCACCAGCACCAUCCAGGUGGAGCACCUGGCCAGCUCGUAGAGACCUGUGCUGCCAGCCACUGGGAAGAGGGGGAGGAAGAGCCGGUCCCUCCUUUCUCCAGCUCCUCCCAGUGGGAAAAGUCCUCUUCUUCUUUGACAGGCCACAGCUCCACCUCCUUGGGCCUCAGGCGCGGCCUUCCUUCCCAGGAUACCAUCCUUAUUCUCAGCUCCUCUUCAGAAGGAACGUCAGCCCUCCCGAUGGGCAGAGGAGUACUGAGCUGGUAGCGUAAUCCGGCAGCCUCCCUGCCUAAGCAUAGCUUUUAAAAUUGGGGGUUGGUGCUCAGGGGAGGGGUUUGCUAUGACCUCAUAGAGACUAUUCCAGCGGGGCACUUACUCUCUCCUCACCCUCGUGAUCCUCCAAGCUCGGGCUGAUAAGAGGACUAGAGGUUGGCCCUCCCGGAUGUCAGAGAGGAGGGAGCCCUGAAUGCGACCAGCCUUCUGUUCUACUCUUGCCUGCGAAAGAACAGAGGUUCCUCCUGUGCCCCUGUCCCUGGGAGCCAUUUUCUUUCCCUCAUGACCUCACUUCACUUCUACCUAAUACCAGAAGGAGGUCGGGGGGUGGGGGAUCAAGGGCUGAGAUGUGGUCCCCAAGGGGCCAGAGAUCCCCAAAAUGGUCAAGGUGGCUUAGAAGUGUGGGUUAUGGUUUUCCUUGGAGUCUCUCCUCUUCUCUGCCAGCCGAGGCCCUGUGCUCUGUCUCCCAAUCCCCAGCCCAAGGAGCUGUGGGUUCCUUAUGAAACCCCACAAGGGAGUGCUGCAGAGAAGGGAGAGUUCAGGGAAAAUGCAAAGACUGGACUUAGCUCCCGAGGUGCCACGGUCAGUUGCCGGACACGGAUUUAUAUAUAAAUAUAUAUAUAUAAAUAUAUAUAUAUCCACUCAUCACGGCCAUCUUUGUUGUAACCAUUUCUGUGUUUAUAAAUGCAUUAUCUCAGAAUUUUCAUAUUUGAUGUUUUGUUUAUUUUUGUCCCCUUUUUGUUUUUCUCCACCCUGUCUCCUGGCCAGCAGCAUUUUUAUUUUUCUGUCUUUUUUUUUUUUUUAAAUCAUGGCAGAUUUCCGAGAAAAGAGAAAAUGGGGAAAAAAAAAAAAUCAGGAAACAAGUUGUUAUAAAGCAAUUUAAAAUGAAGACAAAAAAAAGAAAAACUUAUGUACAAAACCAAGGGGUGUUUUUAGAACCUUGUAUAG